CUCCAGCUCUCUUCUCCUACAGCUUCUGCCCUCAUAUUCUCCACAAACCUUUUCCCCAGACUCUUUCCAAGUCCUCUAACCCAUCUCACCCAUUAAAUCCUUCUCAAUCUUCUUCCUCUCUCUCCUUUACACAACUCCUUCCCUCCUCCUCUUCUCCAGGACAGAUGCACUCCAUACUGGGCUGCAACCACCCCACUUUCGCCCUCCCCUGGAGGACCCUCCUGCCUUAUCUCGUGGCUCUGCACCUCCUGCAUCUGGGAUCAGCCCAGCUCAAUGUGGUGGCACCAAGCCUCCAUGUCACUGCCAUCGUGGGACAGGACGUCGUGCUGCGCUGCCACUUGUCCCCGUGCAAGGAUGCUUGGAGCUCAGACAUCAGAUGGAUCCAGCACCGGUCCUCUGGCCUUGUGCACCACUACCAAAAUGGAAUCGACCUGGAGCAGAUGGAGGAAUAUAAAGGGAGGACAGAACUGCUCAGAGAUGGUCUCUCUGAUGGAAUCCUGGAUCUGCGCAUCACAGCUGUGAGAUCCACUGAUAGUGGCUCAUAUAUUUGCACUGUGGAAGAUGGUGACAAUUAUGCAGAAGCCGUGGUGGACCUGGAGGUGUCAGAUCCCUUUUCCCAAAUCGUCCAUCCCUGGAAGGUGGCUCUGGCUGUGGUCAUCACUCUUCUGGUUGCGUCAUUUGUUGUCAGCAUUGUUUUUCUCCACAGAAAACGAGGUGAGAUGAGAGCGGAGGGGAUGGAGCACAGGGAGGUGUUGUGCAGGGACAGGGAUGGUUGGGGUGGUGCUGAGCUCUGCUCCAUGGAGGCACACAGGAGGAGGAAGGGAGAUAUUUCCUGGGAUUCCCAGUUCUCAUUAAAUAACAUUUAUCUUUCUUUUUAGAAAUGAAGAAGGGGGAAAAAGGAAAGGGGUGUGGGUGGGAGGAUAGGAAUGUGGCUGGACCGUGGGGUAGGUGGAAAGGUCCAGAUCCUCUGGAGACAUCCCCACAAACCAAGCUGCCCUGCUGACCAUCUCUUCCUCUGCUUUGUC